UAAGCUGUGGCUAUACGGUGCGGGCGAGCAAAGUCCCUCAAUCUCGCUCUCCCGGGGUGCUGCGCUCCACCCAACAUCACGUUGCCUGGACCAGAAGACUUUUCUCUGCACGAACACUGAAUACGGAAACCAGGAGGGACUUCUGCACGCGCCUUCCCGUUCAGAAAGUCACUGUCGCCCAGCGAUUCCCUUCCAUCUUACGCCUUCCCUACAUCUGCAACCCUCACCACCUCCCGGACGAGGGAAGGGGGUGGGGGAGCGCAGGGGUUAAAGUGACAGCCGCUGCCAGAGCUCCGUGGUUUUGUUCAAAAGGUGUCACAGCGCCAACGCGGCGGACCUACCUUGCUCUCGUCCUUCUCGCCGCUGGCUCUCGCUUCGGGAUCGUCGCUGUCCUCGGCGCCGGCCCUCUUGCCGGGCGGAUCAUCCGGAGCCGGAUGCUGCGGCGGCGACGGCGGCUGUGGCGGCGCCUGGCAGGCUCCGCCAGCCCCCUGGGAGCGGGGGAUGGGCUCUGGGCACGGAGAAACUCCCUCUACAUCCAUCUCCAUCUUCCCAUUCACUGGAGGACAAGACAAAAGCGGAGCGCAGAUUUGACAGCCGCCGGCGGCGGCUCAGCUGCCGGUGGCACGCAUGGCUCGCCGAGGAGGAGACGCCUCCCGCGCGCCCUCCCUCCCGCUAGCCUUCGCCCGCGCGCCCCGCAGCUCCGCUCCGCUCGGCUCCGGCACCGGCGGCGGGCCCGGGGAGCGCGAGCAGCGGGUGGCCGCGCGUCCUCGGAGCAAUGGCCUUCAGGAGCCCCCGGCAGUCCCGCUAAGCCGAGCGCAUCCCGGAGGCGGCGGCAGCGACGCCUCCCAGCCACGCGCCCAGCCCCGGGGCCGCCCGAGGACUCCCGCCUCAGCUGGGCCUCCGAUCCUCGUCGCUUUCCAGCCUCUCCGGGGUCCUCUCGGCGUCUCCCCUCCCCUCCGCUCUGAACAAAGUUACUGGAAGAACAAUCGCAUCGCUGGGACCUGCCGGCGAAACUGA